AUGUCAAUCGCUGUCACAUUUGCUCUCGUGGCUUUGGCAAGCGUUGCUUCAGCCAGAGACAUCAUUUUGGAUGACUCGUACACAGUAAUAGAGGCGUCGACAAAUGAAAGGCUGAGGCUGGUGUGCGGGUUGCGGCCCAGGAGCCAAACCCAGAUGGUCAGGUGGCAUUUCGACGGGAAGCCUUUGGACGGGCCGGGGAAGUCCAGAAUAGUCCAACAAAGGCAAUGGUUGAGGAUAAAGGGGUUCAGAAUGAAGGACGCAGGCGUGUAUUCGUGUCACAACGACGAAGAAAGAGGAAACGAGUUGAGCGUAACGAUCAAACACAGGCCUGACGCGGAGCAAGACAAUUUGGAAGAGUACCAAUCGGACGUUGACGUGCAGAGGCCGAUGCCGGAAAUAUUGUCGCAGCACCAAGCGCCGCUGUUAGAGAACAACACGAUCGAGGAGAAAGCCACGGCGGACGCGAAGAGGUUAACGAAGAGCAUGAAGUACCGCGAGUACGACAUAAGGGACGAGGACAUAGACGACAAGAGCGAGAGGGAGCACCCCAACUACGGCCACGUUGACGACACCAAGACGAAAUACGCGCCGAAGUUCAAACAUCCGUCGAAGAUGUUCAACAUGGACAUGAAGCCCGCCGGCAGCUCGAUAAGACUGAAAUGUGCCGCAGACGGAAAUCCAACGCCUAACAUCACGUGGUUUAAGAACAACGGAACGCCUAUAGCCAGGACCUACUUCCAGCCGUCGUACGGCAAGUGGUCGAUGACGCUCGAUGAGCUGACAAAAGCCGAUAAUGGGAACUACACUUGCCUCGUGUGCAACGAACUUGGUUGCAUCAACCACACGGUCCUUCUUCACAUUCAAGAACGAUAUCCGUCGAAGCCGUAUAUUAAGGAAGGAUAUCCGGGGAACGUAACGGUGCUAGUCAACGACACGGUGAAACUGUCCUGUCCACCGGUGUCCGAUUUAGAACCUUAUUCCUACUGGAUAAGGCCGUCGAAUUACUCACUGAAAGACGCCGAGGUCGGCCCAAGCGAUGCUCCUAUACCAGCUGGAGACGUCAUAGAGACCAAGCUGGUCGGUGAGACAGCGAAAUUCAGCUGCAAGUUCCUCUCGGACCUGCAUCCAUACGUUUUCUGGAUGUUUUUCACCAAUGACGAGUACAAUUAUAACGUCACCAUUGACACGAACGACGGAGUCGCCCCGGAGUCCGUUGUGUACUACGACACUACUAAACUCAUGACGAGCGAGGACCCAUCGGAUAAGCCAGAACAGUUGACGAUAUUCAAUGUAACUAAAGAGGACGAAGGCUGGUACGUCUGUGUCGCUGUUAACACCUUAGGGAAUACUACUGCUAAGGGAUAUCUCUCCGUUGUUGAAUCAUUCCCAGCUCCGGAACCGAUAAAUCAUGGGAAACACACAUUGCUCAUUAACAUAUUAACGGCGGUAUUGGGAGCAAUGUUCCUAGUGGCCGCUCUGAUAGUGGUGAUGAUAUUCAAGAAGCUUAAGCGGGAGAAGAUAAAGAAGCAACUGGCUAUCGAGACGGCGAGGGCAGUCAUCGUGACGCAUUGGACGAAGAAGGUCACGGUGGAAAAGCCACAGAUGAACGGGUCACCCACCACGACAGGCGAGGUUUUGUUGAUGCCGGUUGUGAAGAUAGAAAAGCAGAAACUGUCCCAAGUGCACAGCAACACGAGUGACUCCAUGAUGAUGUCGGAGUACGAGCUGCCGGUGGACAUCGACUGGGAGGUGCCAAGGGAGUCACUUUCCCUCGGCAAAGUGUUAGGGGAAGGGGAAUUCGGAAAGGUGGUGAAAGCCGAAUGUGUCGGAAUAGUGAAGCCGGGAGUUCAGUCCGUCGUCGCUGUUAAAAUGUUAAAAGAGGGUCACACGGAUGCUGAAAUGAUGGCGUUGGUAUCGGAGAUGGAGAUGAUGAAAAUGAUUGGCAAGCACGUGAACAUAAUCAACUUGCUGGGAUGCUGCACACAGGAUGGACCACUAUACGUUAUCGUAGAGUACGCACCAAACGGCAAUUUGAGGGAGUUCUUAAGGAACCAUCGCCCCGGAAACAGAUACGAAUCUCCUAACGAGGAUUUGAAGGAUAAAAAGACUCUAACACAAAAAGACCUGGUCUCUUUUUCCUAUCAAGUCGCAAGAGGAAUGGAAUAUUUGGCAUCGAGGCGGUGCAUCCACCGGGACCUGGCCGCGCGCAACGUGCUGGUCUCCGACGACUGCGUGCUGAAGAUCGCGGACUUCGGGCUCGCCAAGGACGUGCACAGCAACGACUACUACCGCAAGAAGACCGAGGGCCGGCUGCCCGUGCGGUGGAUGGCCCCCGAGUCGCUGUACCACAAGGUCUUCACGACGCAGACGGACGUCUGGUCGUUCGGAGUGCUCCUGUGGGAGAUCAUGACGCUGGGCGGGACCCCGUACCCGACGGUGCCUGGGCAGUACAUGUACCAGCACCUCAGCGCUGGACACCGGAUGGAGAAGCCGCCUUGCUGCAGCCUUGAAAUUUACAUGCUGAUGCGCGAGUGCUGGUCCUUCUCGCCGGGAGACAGGCCCUCGUUCACCGAGCUGGUCGAGGACCUGGACAAGAUUCUGACCGUGACCGCGAACCAGGAAUACCUGGACCUGGGACUUCCGCAACUCGACACGCCCCCGUCCAGCUACGACGGCUCCGGCGACGAGAGCGAUAGCGAGUUCCCUUUCAUCAAG